UUCCUAAUCUGUCCGCCAGGGCGCAAUGUUUUGAGUCGCGAGAAAUCCUUGAUCCGUGCCGUGUACGUUGAGCGUCCGGUUCCACCGAUCAUCGUCGAGUUGUAACCGUAUGUGCUGUCGCCGUCGCUCCAUUGCCGUCCCUCAUUUCCGUCGUCGGUCCCGCACGCGUUGACACGUCCCUUUCGACCGCCAUGGACGUGACCCUGCUGCUUCAGCACUCGCAAUAUGCGUUGCCCGUCGGUGUCGUGCUCCUCUGCGCUAUCCUCGUCUUCGUCUUUGGCUUCAAGAAGGCUGAGCAACCACCGUUUGCACAGCUCUCAGGGGGCUCCGACGUGGACAGGAAAUUCGCCAGCAAGAAACGCAGCAAGAUCAAAGAAAAGAGGUCUGCCAAUGGCCAAGUGGCAACUGAGAAAGCCAGCCCUGUUAAAAAGCCUGUAUCCACGAAGGUAGAUGUGAAGAAAGCUGCUCCAAAAGCAGAGGAUAUCGAAGGAAAGUUGAAGGAACAGAAGCAGGAAAAUAAUAAAGUUUCAGCAACUAAGAAGGAGAAGGAUCAGGUUACGGCAAAGGCUGGUAAGGAGAACAAGGUUGAACAGGUGAAGAAUAAGAAAAACUUGAAGAACUUGUUCCAAGAGAAACCUGUAGAUUUUGAUGAAGGGGAUUGGGAGCAGGCUUAUUCCAGAAAGGAUAAGAAAAAUAAGAAGAAAGAGGAAGAGUCCCCUUCCAAGAAGAAUAAGAAGAAUGUUAAGAAGUCUGAUUUAAUUAACGAAGCUGUGGCUAAACAAAAAGACUUAGAGAAGGCUGAAAUUAAAGACAAAGUUGCCAAAGACACAGAGAAUAAAGAGUUGAAAGAAAAAGAGACUAAAGAUAUCAUUCUUAUACCCAUCUCUAAUAAGGAAAUAAUUGAAGAAAAAGAACACCGCAAGGAAGAAGAGCAGCUUAAGAUUGAAAAGGUAGAGAAAGAAGAAAAAAAAAGUACAAAGUCCAAGAAGGGUAAGAAGGUUUCUGAAAGCGAAAGCACGUCCACCUUGACACCAUCUACCCCAAAGGUGGAGAAUAAAAUUCAAGAACAAAGAGCACAGAAGGACGAAGAAAACGAAAAGGUUCCCGAAGAUGUUGAACAGAAAAGUUCCAAAGUGCAAGAAAAAAGUGGUGCUGUGUUUGACGAACUAGGAGAUGCCUGGACAGAAGCGAAACCACAAAAGAAGAGUAAAAAGAAAGCUCGCAAGGAUAAUUGAAGGUAAUCUGGAUGAAGGAUCAAGGAUGAAAAUUACUUUUCAUUUCUGAGAGGAGUAGCAUGGGAAUCCUGAUCAGUCGGAACAGAAUUUGUCAUUUUGGGCUCAUUGGGUGUGUCUUCAGCGACUUACCGAUCAACCGGCUGAUCAAAUUGUUCCUUUCCCUUGUACAUAACGCCAAUUGGACUAGGUUGAUCCAUUAAUUAUGAUUUAUGGACGCUGCAGGUGCAUAAGUGGACGUAUGGAGAAAAAAUUUUUGUAGAUUACUAAUUUUUUCACCAUACUAAUCGUUUGCUUCGAUAAAGUCGCCUUGCAUUUAGUAAAAAAAGGCAUAAGUCAUAGUUUUCACUAUAAAGUAAUAUACGUGUUACUCUUUUGAAAAAUCUUCGUAUAUGUCCAUAAUAAUGCAUUAGUAUUGUAUGAUUUACAGGUGUAUUUAUAGUACAUAUUUAUGAAACCUUCACGUUAUACUUAUAUUGUUAAACGAUCGUACUUACAUCUUUUACAUUUCAUUUAAAGAAAAUAUUUUGUUAGGUCACUUUUGGUUUUCUAUCCUCACGAUUUACAUAUUGUCCUUAUGCUAUUACAAUUACUUGAAACUAUAUAUCAUCUGAACCUUCAAAUAUUAAUUAAACCCUCUGUUCUCUUCAAUUGCAAUCCAAGUUAAUUGCAAUUAAUCAUACACAUGGAGAGAGUCGAAAGUUAAAACUUAGAAAGUGUGAAAUAUAUCCCAAAAUAAUAAAAUGCAAGACAAUCUCUACACAGGGAAAGUUUGCAUUACCGAUGUAAUUAUGUCCUUUUCGAUGUACUAACCAAGAGAAAUAUUUUCUUAUACCCGUUAGCCUGUAUUUUAAUCCGGCAUAUAGAUCUGUAAUCAUAUGCUUUGUAACGAUAAACUGUAGAUAAUAUUUUAUCAUGCGAAAUGCACCCGUAAUGAGUUUUAAGGGUUGAAAAACGUAUAUAUAUUUAUAAGAACAUGCAAAUCUGUGACAAAACUUGUGCCAAGUUGUGAAAAGAGAUAAAACAAGGUGCAGCAAAAGUCAUGAACACGCAUAAUUUAAAUUUUAUCCAAAGAAUAUAUAUAUUAAUAUAAUUUAUAUGGUAUUCGACCUUAACAUAACAAUGAACAACCACUUGAAAUAUUUAAUUCAUAGCAUCAAAUAGUUCGAUUAAUUGUAUAUUAAGCGUCGUACUAGCUUUCGUUGAAAUUAAAUUAAACAAUUAUGGAAAGAUCUCAUGAAUGAAUAUAAUGGAUUCAUUGUUUUUUUUAAAUCUUUUCACAAUCUAAUCCAAUCGUUCACAUUUUAUGCCAUGUAUAGAUUAUAAUAAAUGGGUGUAUUGAUUACUUGUUAAAAUUUGUUUCUGAAAUAAUUUUUUAAUCGAUGUAAUAACGAUUCUUAUAUAAUCGUUGUUACACGUAUAUGUUCAUAAUUAUGUACAUUGUAAUUACUUACAGAAAUGUAAGCGUUAAACUCUAUAGAAGCAGCAGUGUCUUAAAAGGAGUACUAUGUUUCUAGUUUAUCUUUUAAUAUAUAAAAUUUAAAUAUUCGAAACUUGUUGGUUUCCGUUUUCGAGAAAAAAGAGGGAGUAAAAAGAAAUCUUAGUUUGGAAAAUGAUAAUAAUUGCAGAUAUGUUAAAGUUAAUUGCAGUUAAUUAUAGAAUCGAAAAUGGGUUUUUUUGUAAUUGGGUGUUUUUAGUAAUAGUUGCAGACAUGUUUAUCAUAAAUAAAUUGUGUUGUAAAACGAAGAUAAAAAGACACGCUACAUGAUUUUCUCGAUACAAUUUAUAAACUAUUGGCAUUGACAUGUUAAUAGCUGUACAAGUACGGAUAUAAUUAGUAAAGAGAAAAAGAAAUGUGGGCUUCGGCGAAUGAAAUAUUGUGAUAAGUAUAUAUUACAUGUCCGAGGGUUACGUAAAACAUUGUAAAAUAGUACUAUUAAAUAAUACUAUCGUUUAUAGGUUCUACUUACAAAAAGAAAAUGAAAAAAUAUCCGCUUAAAAUAGCUAUUAAUAUUUUGUACUGUUAUCUUUAAUCUAUUUUCACAUCUAUUUUCUUUGAUAUGCUUCUGUUACAAAAUACGAUAUUCAGUCAAGAUUAAUCAUAAUAAUAUCUUAUAUAUUUAAUUCUGUAAUUGUCUACAGUGAAGAGGCUGCGUUCUCAUAGUUCUACCAAUUGCUUACAAUGACCAAACAUAAAAAUCGAUUACAAAGUACCAAAACUUACACAGUGUAAGCGUUGGAGAAGCGUUAUGAUCAGUGUUAGAGCGUACAGAUGAGAUUGCAAAGGAAGUUUGAACAUUAAGAAACACAUUGUACAAUGGCCUUCCUUUCCAUUGUGUAAUUCUCAUUACGCGUACUUAGUGGCAGCUAAGUCAAACUUGAACAUACUUGUUGUUCUAAAUGAUGAUACAAUGUCGUAAUUUAACACUGGUCAUAAUAGAUGUUUAUAUUGAUCGAAUAAUCGUCGAGGUACUUAAAUUAAAAGACAGAAUGGAGAAGUCGAUGAGCUUGGAAGUGGUGGGAAACUUGUAAGCGUGUUUAUAAGAGGAUAUCAUAUUUUGAAUAAGAUUUGUAUGCACUCUAUUCAUCGUCAGUCGAGUAAUUGAACAUUGGUAUAUAAAUCACUGCUCGUUAAUAAAAUACAAUUCCUAGCUCGUUGAUAAAAUAGGUUAAUUGAACAGGAAUAAAUGAAAGCAUUGAUUUCGUAAAAUUUAAUUCUCUUUGAGACCUUUGGUGACUAGUUGACCGUUUCUGGCUACAAAAAUCAAGUUUAAUCGUACUAAUUACAAUAGAAAAGAAGUAGAUUACUGCUGUACAUAUGUAUAUUAACAAUGUUCUUUUAAUUAAACAUGUAUGUGCAAUUUUAUGGUGUACCUUAAAAGGAAAAGGAUAAUGAAUGACUAUGUCUUUAUUGAUAAGGUUUUAGAGGUAUCGUAAAUGUCCAACGAAAUUGGUAUGUUUUCGAGAACUUUUCAUUGUAAUUUUAUGAAACUAUUGUUCUCUAAUUUGGUGACUCUUCUCGCGUUUAGUUGAAGAAAAAUAAAAAUAUUUUUUGCUGAACAGAGCAGUGUGCGUGCGUGCAUGUGUAAUCUAAACGAAAACAGAAACCUUAAAACUAUAGUGGCCUAACGCUUGCAAUAUUAUUGGAAUGAUCGUGAUACUCCAGGACUUUGAUCAUAAUUAGAUGUAGCGUAAACGAUACGAGAUGCAAAUUGUCAUAGUUAUCAAUAGUGUAUUUUAUUUUCCAAAAGUGUUGUAGCUAUCGCAACGAUAUCUGUAUAAAUAUAUUUGUGUAAAACGCG